GUCAGGCAGCUACACGAGGGGUCCUUCAGACACCCGGAAGCGCGCCAGUGUUUACAGCCGAGUGGGAGAAACACGUGUGUGAUGAUCAGCAGUCGCUGCAUUGGAUUCUGUGUGUGUGAGCAGCUGUGAACUAAAGAUCAUGAGAGUUGUUGCGCUGAUCAGCGGCGGUAAGGACAGCUGUUAUAACAUGCUGCAGUGUGUGUCUGCUGGUCACUCUGUCGUGGCUCUCGCGAACCUCAGGCCUCACACACACGAUGAGCUGGACAGCUACAUGUAUCAGACGGUGGGUCAUCAGGCCGUCGACCUGUACGCCGAGGCCAUGGACCUUCCCCUGUACAGGCGCACUAUCGAGGGCUCCAGUCUGCACACGGGGAGAGAAUACAGCCAGACCGCAGGAGAUGAGGUGGAGGAUCUGUACCAGCUGCUCAAGCUUGUGAAGGAGAAGGAGGGUGUUGAGGCCGUGUCUGUGGGGGCCAUUCUGUCCGACUACCAGAGAGUACGUGUGGAAAAUGUGUGUGCGCGACUGCAGCUCCAGCCGCUGGCGUACCUGUGGCGCCGAGACCAGGCCGAGCUGCUCAGAGAGAUCAUAUCCAGUGACCUCCACGCUGUCGUCAUCAAAGUGGCGGCGUACGGCCUGGAUCCAGAGAGACAUUUAGGAAAAUCCCUGGCGGAGAUGGAAGCGUAUCUGCACGAGCUUUCAGAGAAGUAUGGAGUUCAUAUCUGUGGAGAAGGAGGCGAGUACGAGACCUUCACCGUUGACUGCCCGCUCUUCAAGAAGAAGAUCGUCAUUGACUCGAUGGAGACGGUCAUCCACUCGGCCGAUGCCUUCGCUCCUGUUGGAUACCUGCGCUUCACACGCAUGCACACGGAGGACAAGAGAGAAGGCUCCGGAGGGCGGCCGCUGCCUCUCAGUAGAUGUCCUUGCCAGAACACCAUUGACAGGAUGACAGAAGAGCUGGAAUAUGCUGAUAAAACUCCAGACGUCCAGGGAGGAUGUCCAUCAAACGCUGAGCGCAGUUGUCAGUCGGAGCCGGGUUGUGUGCCCUCACACUCGUCCAGGAGUUCAUCGGGUUUCCAGUGGAUAUCCGGUCUAACAGCGCUUCAGUCCGAACACCCAGACGUCCAGAGCCAAACCCGGCACGUCUUCACACUCCUGCAAAGUAGGAAAAUUGCUCUGUUUUCUCUCUUUCUGCGAGAUCAGAGCAUAUACUCACACGUUCGGUGUCGUCUCAGAUGUGUGGUGCUGACGAUUGUGAAGCAGUAAUGAAGAACACGUCUGUCGCUGCUUCUGGCCGCUCGUGUGCAGUUCAGCCCAUCAAACGCUGACAGCAAAUAGGCCUUUGUUCCAAACACGCUUUCAUUUUCCCUCUCGUUGUGCUGGCAAAAUGCACUUUUAAGAGGUGUGGCGGGGCUCUUUAUUCAGCGGCCGCUCUUUUCUUCACACGGCUCGCGUGUCAGGGACUCCAUCCGUCACGGCGAGGACAGACACUUCAAAUUAAAGCCGGAGAACGAAAGCGCCGCUCUGGCCGUUUCUAUCGCUCGCAGAACUUUUAAAGAGAGGCCUGUAAGAGCAGAGAGAAGAAUCUUAAGCAAGAGAUGAAAAGCAUAUUUAAUGUCUUGCAUCGCCAAACAGCCUUCGCAGCGCUGAGACAAUAUUAAACAAGUUAAUAUUUAAUGAGUGGCUUUCUUGUGCGCUGAAACGCAAACGCCUGCGAAGGAAAACAAACUUGAUGCCGUGUGAUAUUCUAAUGGGCUUCUCCAUUGUGCCGUGUUUUGAGCAGACUGUGUUUAUGUUGUGCAUUUAUGAAGGUUUGAGCCUGAGGUGAGAGCAGAGAAGUUCAGCCGCAGACUUCUCUAAUGAGAUAUGAGCAGCUCUUUGUUUGACUGACCGGUCUGUGUGUGUGUG